AUGGCAGCGGUAACUACAGUGACAGUCCAGGCGCUCAGGGGCGUGCCGUACUACGACCAGAUGUUCGGCACACUGUACGCUGUGUGCAAGAGGCUCUCAUUCGGCCUGCAGGACGACCUGAAGGAGGGCGAUAACAGUGUGUGCGACGUCCUCGACAGGCUUAACUUCUCCACGGACGCCGACACGAGGAAGAGGGUGUUCGACUUCACCGCGAAGGCGGACGCCGACAACUACGACUGGGAGACAAUGGUGCUAUGUCUGAGUGGCAGAAACGAAUCGAGCCGCAUGGUGGAAAACUACUCGUGGGCGGGAAGCAACAUGACGUACAUGGAGCUCGCGCGGAGGACGAGGUUGACGUACUACAGCCUCGUGAUGGACACCAUAUACUACAACAGGUGCAACUGCAGCGCGUUCAGCGGAACAGGCGAGAAGACUGUGGUACCAGUGAGCGGAAAGGAGCGGACACUGAUGAUACUCAUCGUCUGCGCACUGUUCGCCCUGGUGAUCGUAGCCACGUUCUGCGUGGUAGCCGUGUGGUGCGCCGCCACGAAGGGUGUCGACGUGUUACACUUAUCCCUCUGA